AUGAUCCAACAACUUCGUUCACUCUCUCCUGGAAAGCUUGUAAGAUGUUUGGUGAAGUCUGACGAUUAUGUAAAAAGAGGUGACACUUACGCUGAAAUUGAAGUAAUGAUAAAAAUGUACAUGAUACUUAUCGCAACAGAUGAUGUUAUUGUUCAAUUUAUAAAACAACAAAACUCGACGCUCGAAUCCGGUAACAUUAUUGGAGUUCUUACUCUUGAUGACCCUAAUGAUAGUUAUGAUUACCAAACUCCAAGUUAUGAUUCUCUCACAGAAUUAAUUAAUACGCAAUUUGCUGUUUUCGUAGUUCUUCUGAAUUUCUUUUAUCAUCAUGAUAGUUGGAUCAAUAGUGCUACGACUGAUAGUCCAACUGGUUCGGUUCAAUAUCUGGGGUAUUUCACAUUCUGUGAAAUAACAGAUUUUAAUGAGGAUCAAACAAUUUGUCAUAUCGAACCAGCCAUGACCUAUCAACUUGAGCUUACUAGGUUAUCCAAUUUUGAUAUUACUCCUUACCAUACCGACAAUAGACAGUUAGAACCAAAGCAAGUUGUGGAAGCUGUUAAAGUAUUUAUUAAUCAGCACGACAAAAAAUUAUGGAGGUUACGUGUGAUCGAAGCCGAAGUUCAUUUCAAAGUUGAAGACCCUACAUUAGUAACAGGUUAUCCUUUAUGUGUCAUCAUUAAUAAUGUCUCUGGGUAUAUUGUUAAAGUAGAAACUUAUCAGAAGUCUAUUAGAAUACUUUGGAAUUGUGCAUCUCAUCAUAGUUUAAACCUUGAAUGUCCUAGUGAUGUAUUGGAAGCCAAAGAACUUGUGCUUGACGAGAAUAAUAAUAUACAUAAAGUGGAAAAAGCUUCGGAAACGAAUUUAGAUGGUAGAAAGAUUAUCGUGAUUGCAAAUGAUAUCAUAUAUCACAUUAGAUCUUUUAGUCCUAUAGAAGAUCAAUUUUUCUACAAAGCAACUGAAUUGGCAAGAUCAUUGAGAAUACCUAGAGUAUACUUGGCAGUAAAAUCUGAUGGGUUUGAAUGUUUGAAGAGUUCAGGAUUAAUCGCUGGGAUAACAUCACGAGCAUAUGAGGACAUUUUCACAAUAACGUUAGUUACUUGUCGUUCAGUUACGACUAAAGUAGAACCUAGAAACCUAUAUGCUUCUCAUGUAAUACAUCCUAUCGUAACUCCUGAUGAUGGAACUGAUGAAGGUUAUGUAAUCUGA